ACAGGAUCAACAGCACUCAUUAGAAAAUCUGCAGCUGAUCAGCUUGGUGAUGUUGUCAGACUUCACCCACAUGAGCUUGGAAAUCUUCUAACUAAAGUAUAUAUUGAACAUUUUUAUUCAAUUUGCAUAGAAAAAUCAUAUUUUACUAUCUCUUGCCAAGAAAUAUUGAUAAUCAUUCAUUAUAAUCGCACAGCUUUUUAAAGAAGAUUUUUAAAAGAAUGUUAUUAUUUUAGGUAUGUCAAUGCACCAUCAUUUCUUUUAAGAAUUUUAGACAAAUUUCAAAAUUCCAGACACAUGGGUAUUUGAGAAGUUCAAGUUGGGAGACCAGAGUGGCAGCCGCUCAAGCGGUGGAUGCCAUUGCAAAGAAUGUUCCACAAUGGGAGCCAAGAGGGGCUCCUAAAUCAGGUAAAUCACUUACAUUUUUAGGUUAUUUGUUAUUGUCAAACAAUGUGGCUAUUUAAAUAUAUCAUUUGCAAUUUUUGUUUGGUUUUGGCUUUGUAAACAGAGGGUGUUUGUUAAUAUUAAGUGUGUGCUGCACUUUUCUAACAAAUUUUGAGGUAUUUUGUUUUACAAGCAAAUGAAUGUCUCUUUUUUAAAUUUUGUUUUAGAAUCCAACAUGGCUAAUUUCAUUGGUGCUGGCACAGUGUUAUACUCACAGUUUGAUAUUAAAAGAGUGCUUGAAUGUGGAUCAUCAUUGCUAGGGUCAGAGGGUGACCAAUAUGACAUAGUCAAGCCUUUAGUGGGUAGGUUAAUUUAAAUAUGCAACAAUAAAAAUUAGCUUAGAUUUCUUCUUGUUUUAACUGUUUUCAACCCAAAACAUAUUUAGUGUAAACUAAUUAUGCUUUUUAUAUUUCUUUAUCAGACAUAAAAUUUUUAUAUGCCAAAGCUAAAUAAUUAUAAUUUUAAGUCUUGAAAAAAUUUUUUAGCUUUCAGAAUGGCAAAAUAAAACAAAGUAACGUUUGCUGUAUAUACUCAUGUAAAAGUCAAGAAAUGUUAGUCAUCCGGCAUCCGUCUGUUAAUAUGUUAAAAUUGUGUAGGCUACGCAUGACGAUAUGACAAGGCCUGGGAUUUUCUUCAGAUGAUUUGCUGGUUCCCUAGACAGCAAAUCAUCUCUCUCCAUGAACCUGGAUAACUCAAGGGAAAGUGGAAUAUGUGGAUGAUACAGCUUGGAACCAGCAGUGUCGCUGGCGUUGCUGUGUUGUUAAGGUUAACCGCCUACAGGACUCCAUCUCUGGAUUUGAAUUCAGAGUUUUCCUUCUCAUAGAUGAGUUGUCAAGUUGUCACCCAAGGAUAUCGAGUCCCAUUCACCUGUUGUGCUGCUGAUGUUUUUGAUUGUCUAGGCUUUGGAUGGGGAUUGCACAAGCUUUUGAUUCAGUUUAGACCGCUGGGCCGCAUAGCACCAAUUAGUCAUAAGUAUCAUUUUAAAAUGCAGAGUCAGUGCUAGUUUCUAUAGAAUUUCGCACAUUAAAUGCGGGGCAAUGUCGAAUUACCGGUAGUGCUAGUGUAUUUACCAGUAGCUGCGUGUUGACCAAGAUACCGAUUACACACAGACAAAAACAGCUGUAACUGCGUGACUGAACUCGGAUAUCAAGCUACAUGUGCCAUCUUCUUGUUCCAUAUCUUGAGGGCCCACGUUUAAUGUAUUGAUCAUAAUGGCUCCUAUGUUUCAGGGGGGGGGGGGGUUGGAAGACAGGAGGCAAUAGACACAAAUGUGUCAAGUGUAUUUGCCUCAACUGUUGCUUUUGGAAGCUUUUUCCAGUCCCUUAUUGUCUUUGGCAGGAAUGAGGAGCUCCUGUACUGAGUUCUUGUUUUCAUGAGCCUGAACUGCCUGUCAUGACCUUUUUGCUGUAUAAGGGGAAUAAUUAUACAUUAUUCCUUAGGUGUACACAUUUAUGCUACGUCAUUUCUAUUGUUUGUUAUAAUUAGUUUAGACCAGACUUUUUUUUAAAGGAUUUUUAUAUGUUUGUUUUUUAAGUUAAUAUGUUUACAAUAUUAUAAAACUAUUUAUAUACUUUUAAGUAAAAAGGUAGCUUUACUUUUCAGUACAUUGAAUGUAUAGAGACACAUUGUAAAUACUCCACUAAAAAAUCUUUUUUCUAUCUCAGCUACUAAUUUAUUUUAAUGAUUUUUUUUAGAUAUGGACGACAAAGAUCAGUUGAUGCAACAAAGACAGAUGUUAAAUAAACGACUGGGUUUGGACUUUACAGGCAGUCUAGGAAUUGACACAAGUAACCUAUUUAAUGAUGAUGAUCUACGAAUGAAUGUUGAGUCAGGUUUACCAGUGACCAAUAACAACUCACAGGUAUUUUAAUGUUUAUAGUAAUAAAUUGAUAUAAAGUUCCUUUAGAUAGGUCAUAGGCUUGUUGCAGAACUAAUCAAAGUACUACUACUAUUGAUUUAUAAUUUCUAUCUUGUGUAGCCUGUGGUUGAGAUUCUUAAGCAACAAUUAGGGUCUAAAAGCCAGAUGAGUUCAAGAGAGAUGAAUGUUGCAAAAAGAAAAGCAAGAACACUGUCCAAGCAGUUUUCUAGGUAAGUGAAUCAUAUUUCUUUUUCAAGCUUUUUUUUCUUUGUAAGCACUAUCCAGCAAAUAAAGAUUCACUUUAACAAGCUUGCUACACAGUCAAUGUUAUAAUCUUGAAUACUAAUUUUAUAUAUUUUCAAUAGCAACAAUAAUGCAACCGAUGACUCCUGUGCAGUAAAGCGAAUCAAGAGAGAACGAUCAACUGGUUCGAUUGAUUCAAAUGAUUCAUCAUCUCUAGCAGAUGAGGUACAUAAUAUAUAAAUAUUUUGCUUAUCAAGUGUUGUCAGAAAAUGGUUUGCUCUGUUUAAUAAAAAAAAGAAUUGAUAUUAAUGAAAAAUGAGCUCUUAUGUCAGUUUUUGAGAAUAUUUUUGAUUUUCAUAUCAAAUGAAAAUUGCAAAGUUAAUCCCGAACUUAUGGUAUGCCUUCACAAAGACCCAUCAUUUUUAAAAAUAAAUUUAGAAUGCAAGAUCAUUAUCAGUACUGGGAUAUAUCAAAUGAUAAUUGCCAAGUUAACCCAAAAACUUCUGGUAUGCUUCCACAAAGACACAUCAUUUUUGAAAAUAAAUUUUAAGGAGUUGUCUGAUUUUUAAGCAAGAUCUUGAUUUUAUAUUACUUACAUUUGUUCAAUGAAAAAAGUUGUCAUUCAUAAAAUGUGACUGAUUUUUUAUUUUUUAUUUCUCACACUAAGGAUUUUAAUGAUCUCAUGAGUAAAUUAAUGAGGAAAUCAAUAUUUUUAAAUUAUUUUUUUUUUUAAAGAUGCUUCAUGUUGGUUUCAGCUUGAAGAUUGGCCCUUCCAGAGCUUCACUGAGGUUCUCAUGAAUGACCUUUUUCACAGCACUUGGGAAGUUCGUCACGGAGCUGCUUCAGGCCUUAGAGAAGUUAUUAAACUUCAUGGUAGAGGUGCUGGCAAAGCUGUGGACAUACCCAGCAAUCAGGUUUGUGACUAUGAUUUAUUAAUAAAAAAAAAAAAAAUAAUGUGUUUUUCUGAUUGUCUUUGAAUGCUGGUAUGUGUGCCUCAGUAUGUCUGACUGUCUUUGAUUGCUGCAAUGUGUGCCUCAUGAUUGUCUUUGAUUGCUGGAAUGUGUGCCUCAUAAUUGUCUUUGAUUGCUGGAAUGUGUAUGUCUGAUUGUCUUUGAUUGCUGGAAUGUGUAUGUCUGAUUGUCUUUGGUUGCUGUAAAAGAGUUAUUUGAAAUAUUUUGUUUUCUAAACCAACUCUGUAAAUGCUUAACAGUUUUUUAACAUUUAUUGAUAUUUAUUAAUAAAAAACAAUAUUCAUGUGUUUAUUCUAGCUCCAGUCAGUGAACCAAAUAUGGCUGUCAGAUCUAGCUCUACGAUUGUUAUGUGUCUUAGCUCUUGACAGAUUUGGUGACUUUGUGUCUGAUGAGGUAAAGUAUAAACCUAAAAGUUGAAAUUGUGUUAAAAGUUAUAUGAUAAGUGAGGUUUAUAUUUUUAAAUUUAUUAAGCAAUUUACGUGUAAUGGAACUAUACUCUAUAUUAAAAAAAAAUUCAAGACGGGAGUAGUAGAAUGUUAAGAAAUAUUUUUUAUUCUUAUUCAGACUGCUAAGCUACAAUUAUGUUUUCUUUUUUUUUUUCUUUAACUUUUUCAUUGUGUUGUAAUAUAUUAUUUAUUGUUAUUUAGGUUGUAGCCCCAGUAAGAGAAACCUGUGCCCAGGCACUUGGUACAGUACUUAAAUACAUGGAAGAACCGUCCGUCUCUGGUGUGGUUAGCAUCUCUCUACAGAUGCUUGCACAAAACCAGUGGGAGGUUAGGCAUGGUGCCCUCCUUAGCUUAAAAUACAUUCUUGCUGUGCGGCAGGUAAAUUGCUCUCUAUUUCCUUCUCUAAUCUGUUCAUUUUUAGUCUUUUUCUUAAAUAUAUGUUUUAACAGAAAUUUUUUAUAAAAAAAUGAUUUUUUUUUUCUAUGUAAUAAUAACUCUUAAUAACAUACAGAAAUAACCAAUCAUUUUCUAAAAGUUAGGGCUUUUUAAGAACUUUUUUUAAAAAGUUCAUUUUGAAACCUAACGUAUUUAAAUUUCCUGAAGUUAAUUUAUCCAUCUGUUGCCAACUCUUUUUGUCUUUAGUCAUUUUUAUUCAAAUGUUUAAUAUUUUCUCCAUUUGAACAUCACCAUUUUGAUUUUUUUCACAUAAUUUGGAUAUAUAUUAUUUAAUUUUCUUUUCCUUUCAGGACAUGACCUCACAACUUCUCCCUGUAGUGUUAUCUGCAAUUCACAAUGGCUUACAAGAUCCUGAUGAUGAUGUCAGAGCCGUUGCUGCUGCUGCACUUAUUCCAGUUACAGAUUCACUUGUACAGUGUGUGCCUGAUCAGGUUUGUCUAUAACGUUAUAUUUCUUGAAAAAUGAGCCAGUAAAUGUUUAGCAUACAUUAAAGUUUUUGACAGUUUUAAAUCAUGAGUGUCAUUGCAUUUAGCCCAAAUAUAACAAAUUUUUAACUCAAACUUUUAAAACUAUAUCUGUGCCAGCAACUCAAAACAAGCUGUAGAUAUUAAUUAGUAGAAAUUUUACACACGCUAUUUUAUCUUUACACAAUUAUUUGGUUUUUAUGCCCUUACAGAAGAGUUUUUGAUAAAUAGUUCAUACACAUUUUAGAAUAUAAUAUUUACUUUAAGCAUUGAAAACUACUGAAAACCAAAAGUCUACUGACCCUCCCAAUUAUGAACUGUGUUAUAAGGAGAAUAUCAGUUAUUACAUUUUGUAAAGUUGUUUAUAAAUAAACUAAAACCUCUAUGUUUUUUCCAAUCUUACAGCUCCCUGUCAUAUUAAACUGUUUGUGGGAAACUCUAGUAGAUCUAGAUGACCUUACAGCCUCCACCAACAGUGUAAUGACUUUGUUGGCCAAGCUUACAUCUCAUCCCACCACAAAGUCUUCUUCCUUGUAUGUUUUUCUCUUUAUAUCUUAUAUAUAUAUAAUCGUAGUAUUUCAAAUAUUUCUUUCUCCAUUGGCUGAUACAUUUAUCACUGUAACACAGGGGUCUCAAACUCAAAUCAUCCGGGGACCGCAGGAGGUAGCGUCUGAGUGAGACUGGGUCGCAUCAAGUAUUCCACAAAAAAGCAAUUACAAAUUCAUUAAGGGUUCUCAAGAACUAGGCUUCACUUUCUUCCUCCUACUCCUUGUUGCCAGAGACCUGGCAGCUCUUCUUCUUACACAGCUGAGCAACUUUGGCUUGAGUGAGGAAGCAACUGAGGCCCUCAGUAAAGCUUGAAGAUGCUCAUCAGUACGUUUAGCCCUGAACUUUGACAUGUUAAAGUUCAUAGUGGAAAAGAGCUUUUCACACAGAUAGGUACUCCCAUAAAGGCACAUGAUCCGUUUGAACAACCUGGAAAUCUCCAUUUGAAGCGCAAAAAAAAAAAGAAGAAGGUGGGGGGGCAUCUUCCGCAUUAAAGAAGAAAGUGUCAGCAAAAAAGUUGAUAAGUGACUCUGUGUGUUUUGAAGUCUAAAAACGUGAUAAAUUUCUUCUUGUAGCUUUGCAAUGGCAUCAGUAUAUUUACUACUGAAUGGUGUGCCCGAGUCCAUGACUACUUUGUAAUGUUGUGAAAUGGGAAAGGUUUCUCUGAGAACCAUAACACAAGUUUUGUGCAGAAUGCCCUGACAUUGUCAUAGGCAACACUAAAAGGCUAACCCUGGUCUUGUAACUUCUUGUUGAGUACAUUCAGCUCCUGUGUAAUGUCAACAAGAAAUGCAAGUCCAUGAGCCAUUUGGGAUUACUUAGUACAGGAAAAACCACCCCAUCCUUCUCCAUGAAGAUUUUAAAUGCUAAAACGUGUUCAACCAGUAGGCAGGAGAAGGCAAUAUUUAUGAAUUAUUGAUGCAAAGGAAGAUUCUAUUGAAGGGAGAAUAAAUUUUGAUUUUUAUAGUAGAAAAGUUCAUUUUGACUAGCCCUAUUUUGAAAGUGGCCAAGCUGACAGGCUCGAAAUUUUCCUCACUCGGAAACACUAUCGGCAAUUUUAAUAGGGACUCUUUGAUACUGUGUCAGAUUAAUCCGAUUUACACAAUUAUGGUUGUGCAUUACCCACUAACUGACUUUUUAAACUUUUCUCAAACCCGCACUUUGGCCAAUUUUGUCUCGUAAAAUGCUACAAAACUUAUAAAAAAUUAUUCCGAUUUUAAAAUAGUUUCUUCCAUUAUAAUAAAAAUCAGAAUUAGACUGGUCAGUGAGAUUUUACUGAAUCUGUCGCUGGGGUGACUGGGUGGCCAAAUGGUCUAAACGGAGCAAACCUCAAGUUGGUGGUCUGGUGUUCAAGUCCAGCCAAAGGCCAGUCAAGCAAAAACAUCACCCCGGGUGGAUGAGACUCGUUAACCUUGGUCGGCAACUCAUCUAAGAGGAGGAAACUCUGAAUUCAAACCCGGAGUUGGAGUCCCGUAAGGCGCAUACGAUGACAAUUCCUGCAACCGAACCCAUCCCUGGUCGUCUUGACGUAGAGUCCUGCCACUGGAUAUGGUGGGCUCGGACGAGAGAGUGAGGUAGACGCCGUGCAACUCUUCUUCACUUUAAACAAAGUCACCCGCGCAAGUCAUCAGUCACCAGACGACUCGAUGGUCCUCGUCUGACGAACAAUAAUAAUAAUACUGAAUCUGUCGCAGAGGGUCACAUUAUAGAUAUGAGAAUGGGGGGAACACGCUGGCCGCAUUAAGACUAAACUUUGCUGUUUGUAGUGGGCAGCAAAAUAUCGUCUUGCAGGCCGCGAGUUUGAUACCUCUGCUGUAACAUCAUCCCUGCCCCUCGUUUAAAUAUUUCUUUUUAAAAACAAUUGGUUACAUUGUUUACAACUUGAUUUAUUUAUUUAAGCUGCCUCUCUAUCUUUUAAUGUUCUGCCACCUAGAUGUGCAUUAAUGUAUAGACAAAAACACCCUUUUGUAGGCUGUUAACAUAGAUAUCAUUUUAUUUUAAUAUCAGCAUGACAGCUUUAUUAACAGAACUGACACCACGCUUGUGGCCUUUCUUGAGACACAACAUUGUGUCUGUUCGAAGAGCAGCUCUAGAGACAUUUUACACUUUGCUGAAUAUGCACAAUGGAGAGGUAUGUUAUCCUUCACUUUCUCAGUAAAAACAUUAUUAGGUACAUACUUAUUAUGCUUUUUACCCUGUCAGGGACAUCCAUUCAUCUCGGUCCUAUGCUUUUCUUUUCUGUUGCUCUCAGGUGUAUCCCAUACUUUGUGUGUCUCUCGCAUCUCCAUGUAUUCUUAGGCCUUUGGUAAGAGUAAUCCCCUUUUACUCCUAUAUUUUCUUUAAUAGCUCAAAUACUGACCUAGCCUUUCCAAUUCUAGCUCUGACAUCGGCUUCGGAUCCACCAAUUAUGUCAGUGGUGCUGCCCAAGUAUGUGAAGGCCUACACUUCUUCCAGUGCAUUUCCAGCCUGAGAGAUAUGCUCUUGGUUGGCUGAGUUUACCUUCAUGUUCUUUGUCUUGCUUUUAUUUACAUUGAGUCUGAGCUGUGAUGAAAUUGGUAGCUACAUCUUUUGUCUUUUCCUGCUUUUGUUGCUGGUUGUGGCACAGAAGUGCAAUGUUAUCUCUAAAGUCUAGGUCAUUCAGUUGUUCCCAGCAUGUACAUUGUAUCCUCUUCCUCUUUUUGUCUUUUUCAUUAUCCAGAUUUCUAGGCCAGAGAAAUACUUUAGAUGUCUUGUGUUUAUAUUUUUUUAAUUGUAAAAUGUAAUCUUGGUUAAAAUAUGUAUUUAUUUAUGUGUUGAAAAUGAAUAUCUACAAUUUCAUCAAAAAACAUUUAAAUUUAUUAGGAUCAAUAAAAGAAUCUUAUUUUGAUCUUACUUUAUAAAGUAUAGCCCUUUUAAAAUUGUAUUUAAAUUUAAAUUUUGCUGUUUUUUGUGGCUUUUUAAACACAUGUUUUUGGUGGUUUUACAUUCUUUAUAGUUGUACGAAAGCAUUUUGAAACGUUCAAUUAAUAAAGGUUGCAUAUAGAAGACUAUGCCCACAAAGUAAAAUGCAAAAAUUAUGUAAAUAACUGUCUAAUGAAUGUGGGUGUCUCAUGUAGUGCUUUUCAAGCUUCUCCUAGUAAUACUAUUCACUUAAUCAAUUCUUCAAAUCUUUAUAUUACAAUGUUUAAAAAAAAUAUUACUCUGUGACUGUUUAUAUUCCAUUUAUAAUAUUCCUACCUAAUUUGUAUCUGUCAUUUAAAAUACCUUUACAGGUAACAUGUCAAUGGCUAAUUCCUAUAUAUCAAGAUGCCAUCCGUCACAUCUAUCAGCGUAGCAUUCUGGAAGAAAAGGCAGAUGUGUUGCCUCUGAUUGUCAAAGUUUGGACUUCACUUUUACAGUGUGCCAACAUGGAGCACCUAUAUGUUCUGACUGUUCCGUGGCUGGGGGUGUGGCUGGCCUUCUUGAUGCAACCACCUAGGAUGUCUUAUGACCCUAAUCUUCUUAUAGAAGCAAAACACAAGCCUAGGGUAAAAAAAAUUAAUGUUGACCAAUUAUACCCAUACAAAUGAUUCUAUGUUAGCUUCCACAAAUUUAUCUUGAAGAAAAGUUUAAAGCUAAUACAUUUUUUCAGGAAAGCUCUGCUACCAAGGUGAAGUUUCAACAGGGUGAGUACAAGAAUUUGUCAAUGGACUUCAAAAACUUCAUAGGAGGAUGUGAUGCUUCAACUGGUAGUUCACCAGAAAAAGAUGCAGCCAUCUAUAGGGCUCGAGUGUGUGGGGCCAGGUAA